UACACCAAGAUGAGGUUACACCAAUACUGAAGGUGAGCUUUACAUAAAAUGAUAGUCAUAUGGGGUACUAACGAAUGCGCAGCUCGGCGGCUUCGGGCUUGCAGAGGUGACGAAAGAACAGAAGAGAAAGUGAGUCAUAUUUACAGUAUAUGGAAUGCAAAGACUAAAUACCAUUUCAGCUUCUACUACGAGAGAAGACGUACCUGUGGGAAGCCCGGUUACUAUGCUCCUGAGCAAUUCACCGAACGUUGGGAUAUUCUUGAACCAGACAUGAAUGGUAACACUGCCUGCGAUGAAUAUCUGGGCGAUUGCCACUGUCAGUAUUUAUAACACAUAUCAAGCGUCGGGAAGCGGUUUGAAGCUAACAUUGAUAGACUAUGGUAUCUCUCAUUACGCGUUGUGAGCCGCGCACGCCGCCCAGGACAGCUGUUGUCCGCAUUCAGCCUCGGAAAGGAGAACCAUCCAAGACCUCUUGGAACCACCAUUCUUACGGCGCCAUGUUGCUCAAAGAGCCAGACGACGAGAAGUGGGAUUAUGUUGAUGAGGAGCUUCGUGAGACGCUUGUUAAAUGCCUUGCUCGCGAUCCUGAUCACCGCCCGGACUUGCAGUACUUGCUUGAUCAGGCUCUCGAGAAGUGCCAAGAAGAGGGAGAGUAUGUUUACGCAGAGGGCGAGGUACCUGCGACAGAUCAGUACGCUCUGACAUGGAUGGCGGGUGUGCUAAACAACGCAACUCCGGGUCAAUAUCAAGGCCCAUGACUCAAGACCUUGAGCAAGGGAACCAUCGCGUUCAAGGAAAUGGCGGUGCGGAUUAAUUAAAGUGUAUAUAAGUACGAACGUAUGUUCUUGGCACUUAAUAUAGCAAUGGUCCACCUUUCGCUUCCUGCGCCGAUCAACGUGCAUUAGAGCCCGAACGGAAUCCCACGACGCCAGGGCCUGCGAUCCUACCGUGGUUGGGUGUUGAACGCAGACGAGCUUUCCUCGCAGGCUGCCUCGAUUGAUGUCAUUUGCUGCUAUUAUUACACAGCCACAAAUUUGGACCUGGACUUCUUUACCCAUAACGGAUUCAUCCUACGAGCGCACAUUUCUGC